GUUUCUCUUAUUCACCGGAAACAUGAACUUUGUUAUUAUCUUCGCUUGCGUGGCAGCCGUGGCCAUCGCCGCCCCUCAGUACAGUUACGUAACACCUGACUCAAGCGAAGAAGUCGAAUUUGUGCCGAUUCUGAGGGACGAUCGCGUCCACGAGGAAGAUGGAACCUACAAGUUUGACUUUGAAGCUGGAAAUGGCAUCCGUUUCUCCCAGUCUGGAUCCCCUGAUGGAGACGAGGACGCUGUGAUCAAAACAGGAGAAUAUUCGUACACUGCCCCUGAUGGCACCCUCAUCCACGUCCGCUUCGUGGCUGACGAGAACGGCUUCCAGCCUCAGUCCGACGCCCUUCCUGUGGCUCCCGCGUUCCCCCACCCGAUCCCCCAGUUCGUCCUCGACCAGAUCGCGUUCGCCGCUGAGGAGGACGCCGCUCGUGCUAGUCAGGAGUCAGAGGAAGUGUCUUCUCCAGCAGGAUUUUAUCGUUACCCUCAAUAAUGGACAAGAAUUGACUGUAAUAUAUAUAACUUAUUGAACAAUUAUAUGCACUCCAAAAGAU